AUGCCGACGCCACCCAUGGACUCAAACAUGGAGGAAAGGGCAAGCGGCGGUCUUCUCCUGCUACUCCUCAUCGCCGGUGCUGUCGCCGUCUUUGUUCGGCUGAGGCGACGGUGGGGGCAUGGGAGGAGCAGAGCGCCGAGCCCUCCGUCUCUCCCGCUGCUCGGCCACCUCCACCUGCUCAAAAAGCCGCUGCACCGCUGCCUGGCCGCGCUCGCCGGCUCGGCGCCGCUCCUGUCGCUCCGGUUGGGCGCGCGCCGGGCGCUGGUCGUGUCAACACACGCCGCGGCCGAGGAGUGCUUUACGGCGCACGACGCCGCGCUGGCAGGGAGGCCGCAGUUGCUCGUCGCGGAGCACCUUGGAUACGGCCGCACCACCAUCUCGUGGGCCUCCGACGGUGCCCACUGGCGCGGCCUGCGCCGGUUCCUCGCCGUCGAGCUCUUCUCGACCUCCCGCCUCGCCGCGCUUGCCGCCGACCGCCGCGCCGAGGUCGCGUCCCUCGUCCAGAACCUUCUCCACGACACCAGCGCAAGCGCCAGUGGUGGGCCUAUUACCCUCCGGAACAGGCUGUUCGAGCUGGUGCUCAACGUGAUGCUGCACGCGCUCACCACGCGCCGGCACGCCGGCGACUUGCGCAGAUUCCAGGAGAUUGUGGAGGAGACAUUCGUGGUGAGCGGCACGCCGAGCAUCGGGGACUUCUUCCCGGCGCUGCGGUGGGUCGACCGUCUCCGCGGCGUCGAGGCGGCGCUUGCAAGCCUGCAGACAAGGCGUGACGCGUUCGUUGCUGGCCUCGUCAAUGACCGCCGGGAAAUGCGUAACGCCGGUGGCGGAGACGUGGCGAAGAAGGGCGUAAUCGACGUGCUCUUGGAGCAUCAAGAAGCCGAUCCUGGGUAUUACACUGACACUGUCGUCAAAGGCAUCAUCUUGGUAAUGCUCACCGCCGGCACCGACACAUCGGCGCUGACCACCGAGUGGGCAAUGGCGCUGCUGCUGAAGCACCCAAAGGAGAUGCGGAAGGCGAGGGCCGAGAUAGAUGCCAACGUCGGCAUGAGCCGACUGGUUGAGGAGUCGGACAUCACCAACCUACCCUACCUGCAAUGCGUUGUCAAGGAGACACUUCGACUCUGCCCUGUCGGCCCGGUCAUCCCAGCACAUGAGGCCAUGGAGGACUGCACCGUGGGUGGCUUCCAUGUGCAGCGUGGCACGAUGAUCCUCGUGAACGCAUGGACGGUCCACCGGGACGCCAAUGUCUGGGAUGCACCAGAGGUGUUCAGGCCAGAGAGGUUCUUGGGCAGAGACGCGGUCACCAUGCCCAUGCUGCCGUUCGGGCUUGGCAGGAGGCGAUGCCCCGGUGAGGGGCUGGCCAUGCGCGUUGUAAGCUUGACACUCGCAGCACUCCUGCAGUGCUUUGAGUGGGAUGUUGGUGAAGGCGAUACCAUCGACAUGGCUGAAGGUGGUGGACUGACAAUGCCAAUGGCGACGCCAUUGGCGGCUGUCUGCCGGCCUCGGGAGUUUGUCAAGAGUAUGCUCUCUGCUUCCAUUUGA